AUGUCCUGCAUGACAUUUACACUAAUCGAUUCUUUAAAUAAACGAUCGCGUGCAUAUGAGACGCCUCAGGGAGGAGUCAUGAAUCCUGCAGCAGCAAACGCACUGGUUCUCUUGGUUGCUCUAACUCUACACACGUUGUCUGAAGUUUCAAGUUGUUCGUUAGGAUGGGUUCUCAGUGGAAGUAGCUGCUAUCGCCGUUUUAAUUCGAAGAAAACGUGGGAUGAUGCUAAAGCUGCUUGUUUCAAUGAAUGCGGAUAUCUCGUAACUAUCGAAUCAGGCAGUGAAAAUACUGUGGUGUAUGACAUAGAAGGAAACAACAACAGGGAGAACGUAUGGAUUGGAUUGAAUAAGAAAACGGGAGACAUCGUUUGGAGUGAUGGUACAGCUCUAACAUACAAAAAUUGGCACAACAAACUUAACAACAAAUAUGAUUGCGUACGAAUGCGUAAAAACAGUGAGUGGGAUUAUAAGGACUGUACUGAUGAUUAUUACUACGUUUGUGAAAGACCAGUCCCGACUACUAACACUUCUACUACUAUUGUAUCUUCAGUGCAAACACCUACCGUACCGUCAACCACUGUUGCAGCCACUACGAAUCGUUCUACAACCAGAAAUCCCACCACGUCUGCCUCAAUUACAACGCAAUCGACGUCAGUAGCAACGACAGUUGUAUCACCGACUACUGCUAAAGGCAGCACACAGUUAGUGUCUACUACAGUUUUUUACGUCUGCUCCAAUUACAACGCAAUCUACAUCAGCACCAACUACUGUAUCAUUGUCAACUACUGCUCAAGGCAGCACACAGUUAGUGUCUAUUACAGUUUCUAAGUCUGAAUCAAGUA